UCCUACCACCGCCCCCCGCCCCGCCCCGCCCCGCCCGCGGCAGAGAGGCGGGACGCGCAGCGCGGCGCGGCAGCGCAGGGUCUGGCAGCAGCAGGACGUGUGCAUGCAUGGGGCCUCCCUCCCUCCCGGCGUCCCUCUGACGUGCCCGCGGUCGGCCAGGUCCAGUGCGGGGACGAGCAGCAGAUUGACCGUCUCAAUGGAGGCAGUACCAGGCUGGGUCCCAGCUGUGGGUUUCACACUCUUGCCCCAUGCAGGAGGAUUUUUAGGAGGCAAGAUAACCAAAAAGGAGAUCCCCAUGUGGUAUGAAUCUCUACAGAAGCCAUCCUGGCAUCCACCUAACUGGGUGUUUGCUCCUGUUUGGGGAACUCUCUAUACAUCCAUGGGAUAUGGCUCCUACCUGGUGUGGAAGGAAUUGGGGGGCUUCAAUGAAAAGUCUGUGGUUCCACUGGGUCUGUAUGCAGGGCAGCUGGCAUUAAACUGGGCUUGGACUCCCAUAUUUUUUGGAGCUCACAAAAUGGGAUGGGGGUUGGUGACUCUCCUACUCACCACUGGUACAGCAACAGCUACAACUGCUUCCUGGUAUAACGCCAGCAGAACAGCAGCGUAUUUGAUGGUUCCUUAUUUAGCUUGGUUAACCAUGGCUUCUGCGCUCAAUUACCGUAUCUGGAAGGACAAUCGCAACAAGAAACAACCUGAAUAAAAAAUUUUCUUAGGAGACAGACAUCAGCCAAUAGAUCUUUUUUAACAAAUUUUCUAAAUGGCCUUCCUGUAUUUUUAGCUGAACUACUUAAUGCUAUUAGACAAAGUGACUGCUAAUUACUAUUUGACAGCAGUUCUUGUUCAGAACAAAUGUGUCUUUACUAGACAAGUCAAAAAGGGGUGCAUGCCUUGGUGAGUUUUAUACCACAAUAAAAGAUAGUGAUUGAAGAAUACUAGUUUUUUAUAUUAUAGUAUUACAGUUUAUACGACAACAGCAUUUUAACUGAAAAUGGGCACAAAUUACAGCUUCACUAUGUUCAGAUGUAGAAAUCAAGCCAUAUGUUAAUACAGCUUUCAGAAAGCUGCUCGUAACAAUCACAAGCACAACUAUGGCCUGAAUCUUUCCUGUGUUUUCCACUAGACAGUGCUUUAGUGCUGUGAAGCACUCAUCCCACUAGAGCAGCCAGUAUUUGUCCCCCAGUCAUAGUACUCUGGGAGUGUUUAAGAUCAAAUCUUUUUCACAAUUUGUGCCUUCCAACUUCAAAGCAUAGUAUAAAUGUCAGCUAAAUGUAUUAAAUUGCAUGUAACUUAC